AUGUUUUGAUCUUUCAAUUUUUUUUUGAUCCUUGAAAGAAUUGAUUAACUUGCUAUCGAACAUGUUGAAUUUGAGUUUUUCUGUUAGGAAAAUGGUUAUGUUGUAAUAGUUAUCAACUAGUUAAUUAGAUAAACACUUUUCUUUCAUUUAUAUAUGCCUCCAUGAUUAACUGUGUUCCUCAAUUUUUCGAGUUUAGACUUCUAAUUGAAAAUUCUUGUACGUGUAGUUUAUGGUUUUCCUUUGAAAAUGCGUGUGUUAAUGUGUAGUUAUUUGACCAGAAAUAAAAAUUUAUUUUGUUAAUUGCUGCGAGUUCUAAUCUGUCAAGCCUCAUCAUGCCUUCCGCUGUUAUGGAUAUUUUCAUUACCGGAUUGAAAUCCAAAAGUACAGACACUCGAAACAAGACUGCGAAUGAUCUCUCACAAUAUCUCAAAACCGAACUACGUGAAGCCACCCCAGAUGAAAUCAACACUUUCUGCGAUGACUUCAAUCAUCACAUUUUUAAAAUGGUCUCUAGCCCCGACGUGAACGAAAAAAUGGGUGGAUUGCUCGCUAUAGUGUGCCUUACUGGAGCUGACUUUGGUAAUAUGACUACGAGGCUUUCGAGAUUUGCUAACUACCUCAGAAAUCUUAUACCUUCAAACGAUGUUGGGGUGAUGGAACUAGCAGCCAAAACGAUGGGAAGGCUAGCUUUAGUAUUUUCAGGAUCCAAAGCUUCAGAAUACGUAGAAUUUGAAGUUAAACGAGCCUUUGAAUGGUUAGGGAGAGAUCGAGUAGAGAGCCGGCGACAUGCAGCUGUAUUAAUACUGAAAGAGUUGGCCAUAACAGUGCCGACUUAUUUUUAUCAACAAGUUUCACCUUUUUUUGACUCUAUAUUUUAUGCCGUUCAAGAUCCUAAAGCCUGUAUAAGGGAGGAUGCAGUUGAAGCCUUAAGAGCUGCUUUAGUUGUUACUGCUCAAAGAGAAACAGCCAGACAGAAUCAAAAUCCUCUAUGGUACAAACAGUGCUAUGACGAAUUCUGCAAACUCUUGAGCAUUGACAAGGGCGAGAGGGUCAAGGAUGAGAGGAUCCACGGAGCCUUGCUCAUCAUGAACGAGCUAUUGAGGUGCUCGAACGCCGUCUGGGAGCGAAAGUACAAGAAUCUUGUCGAGAUCACCGAUCCCAGGACAAAAUCCAAAGACAACAUAAUUUACAUCGACAAGAAGCUGCCGAAACUGCGCAGCUACAGCGUGUUCGCGGAGGCAAACAUUCCGGUCGUGGAAUCGCUGGUAUGCCAGCAGCUCUUGAUGGAGAAGUUUGAGUACGUGUGCACCGACGUCUUGGCGCAGAGGACGUCGAGGAGCGUCCACGUACAGCAGACGAUACUUACACUUCUGCCAAGACUCGCCGCUUUCAACCGCAAGAUGUUCGUCAGGGAAUUCCUGAGCGUAUCCAUGAACUAUCUCUUCGGCAUGAUGAUAAGGGGCCGGGAAAAAGACAGGGGGAAUUGCUUCGUGACGUUCGGACUCAUCGCCCUGGCGAUCGAGAACGACGUGGACCCGUACCUGGACAAGAUAAUGGACUCGGUCAAAUCGGCCCUGCCCAGAUCGGACUCCAUUUCCCGUAAAAAAUCGAACGUUGACUCCAUCUUCAAGUGUAUCACGUUCCUGGCGCACGCGCUCGAGAGGCACGACAAGAUGGACGUGCCGAACCUGCUGGACCAGAUGCUGGCCAGCGGUCUAUCCCCUUCGCUCACCAUAUGCCUGAGGGAGCUGGCGAAGAAGAUCCCGCCGGAAAAGGAGAAGAUAAGCGUGGGACUGUUGAAGAUGUUAUCUACGAUCCUCCUGACCAAGACGCUGAUACAUCCGGGCAUGCCGGGACAGCUGAUCAUGCAGUAUUCAGGUUUAGGGAACAUCAGCGAGACCAACGAUUCCCAGAUGCUGAUUCUGGCCUUGAACACGUUGGGAACUUUCGAUUUCAAGAAUCAGAAUCUGGUACAAUUCGUGCAGAGGUGCGCUCAUCAUUAUACCACACACGAAUCGCAGGACGUUCGUCUGGAAGCUGUAAAAACUACCUGUCGUCUGCUGAAGAAAAUCCUUCAGACCCAGCCGGAAGAUCCCAACAAGACAGUGGUGGACGCCAUCGCCAAGGUCCUGGAGAGACUGCUGGUGGUCGGAGUGACCGACACCGAUCCGAGCGUUAGGUUCGGCGUGUUGACCUCCAUGGAUCCCAUCUUCGACACGGUGCUGGGCCAGGCGGACGUCCUGACUUACCUCUUCAUAGCGAUGCAAGACGAAGUGUUCGAGAUCAGGGAGGUUGCGCUCUUUAUUUACGGCAGACUGAGCAACAAGAACCCGGCUUACAUCAUACCGUCCCUCAGGAAGAUCCUGAUCCAGUUCCUGACGGAGCUGGAACAUUCGGGUCUGACCAGGAAUAGGGAGCAGGCCGCCAAGAUGCUCGACAGACUUGUCGUCAGUUCUCCCCAAUUGGUCAGGCCGUACGUGGAGCCAGUGCUAAAGUCGUUAGUACCGAAACUUAAGCACUGCGAUUUGUUAACGCCAGGAGUGACGCUCUCCAUGCUAUACGCCGUCGGCGACCUGGCCGAGGUGACGGGAGAUGGAAACGAGAUUCAAAACUGGAUGUCCGAUCUUAUGUCUAUACUCUUGGAGAUGCUCGGAGACGCGUCAGACUCCGACAAGAGGGGCGCGGCCCUGAAGACCCUCGGUCAGUUGGUCGGCGCCACCGGUCACAUAAUACAACCUUACUCCAGAUACCCGAACCUGCUGGACGUCCUGAUUAAUUUCUUAAAGACGGAACAGCAGAGGUCGAUAAGAAGAGAAACCCUGAGGGUCCUAGGUCUUUUAGGCGCCCUGGAUCCGUACAGGCACAAGAUAAACAGGGGAGAGAUAGACUGUCAACGGGAGACGCCCGCCUUGAUCGCCAUGGCCGACAAAACGGAGGACGUAACGGAUCUGACUUCCAGCGAGAUGUUGGUCAACAUGUCGCAAAAUACCCUCGAAGAAUAUUACUUGGCCAUCGCCAUCGCUACGUUGAUGAAGAUCCUCAAGGAUCCCACCCUGUUCCAACAUCAUACGAUGGUUGUACAAGCGGUGACCUUCAUUUUCAAAAGUCUAGGUAUCAAAUGCGUACCGUACAUACCCAAAGUCAUGCCGAGUCUGUUGAACGCCGCUAAAAAUCCGGACGUGGGAUUCAGGGAAUUCCUAUUUCAACAGUUGGCCCAACUGAUCGUCAUCGUUAAGCAACACAUAAGGAACUAUCUGGACGAGAUAUGUUGCCUGAUCGACGAGUACUGGACGCCCGAGAGCCCGAUCCAGACCACCCUGAUCCUACUGGUGGAACAUUUAGCCAUGGCUUUGGGCACCGAAUUCAAGGUGUACCUUCCCAACCUGAUGCCGCAGAUGUUGCGCGUCCUGAACCACGAUACCUCCAAAGAUAGAUUGUACACGAUGAAACUGCUGUUGAUGUUGCCCAGUUUCGGCAACAACCUGGCCGAUUAUCUUCACUUGAUACUCCCGCCCAUAGUCAAACUCUUCGACGCGAAAGACUGUCCCACGAACGUGUCCAAACAGGCUUUGCGAACGGUCGAAGAGAUGGCGGAAACAUUGGACCUUUCGGACUUCACGUCCCGGAUCAUACACCCAAUCGUCCGGACCAUAGACAACUGUCCGGAGCUGAGGCAGCAAGCUAUGGAGACCACGUGCGCGGUGAUGCUGAGGAUCGGGAAGAAAUUCAACAUGUUCAUCCCGCUGGUGCAGAACACGCUGCACAGGCACAAGCUGACCCAUCAGAAGUUCGAUAUUUUGGUGUCGAAGUUGCAGUCCAGGACCACGAUGGCGGACGAGAUCGAUUUUCCGAUCGUCGGUAACAAGACGAGGAUGAGGAACAACGACGUGGGCGUCACCAGCGACGCCACCCUCAAUAAGAGCUUGAAAGUGUCGGAAUCGGAGCUUCAGAAGGCCUGGACGCCGGUCAGACGCGUGUCCAAAGAGGACUGGUUAGAAUGGCUCAGAAGGCUCAGCAUCGAGCUUCUGAUCCAGUCUCCUAUACCGGCGUUGAGGUCUUGUCUGUCUCUAGCUCAGAGCUACUCCCAGCUGCCCAGAGAUCUGUUCAACGCGGCGUUCGUCAGUUGCUGGAACGAACUGAGCGAGAAGAUGCAAGAGGAGCUCAUCAGCUGCUUGGAGAAGGCACUGACGGUGCCGGAUGUGCCAGAAAUCACGCAGACCAUACUCAAUCUGGCCGAAUUCAUGGAUCAUUGCGAUAAGGGCCCGCUACCUUUGGAUCAACAUCUGUUGGGGGAACACGCGAUGCGAUCUAGAGCAUACGCAAAAGCUCUCCACUACAAGGAAGAAGAGUUCCUGAAGAAUCCCAACAGUACCGUGGUCGAAGCUCUGAUCUCGAUCAAUAACAAAUUGCAGCAGAAAGAGGCCGCGGAGGGUCUUUUGCAGACGGUGGUGCAGAAAUGCGGAGAGACUGAGGUACAGAUAAGGUGGCACGAGAAACUUCACAACUGGACCCACGCCCUGGAUCUGUACAAGGAGAAAUUGGAGAAGGAGCCGUUUGAGCAAGAAGCCUGCCUGGGAACGAUGAGGUGCUUGGAAGCACUGGGCGAAUGGAAGGAUUUGCACGACACCGUGGAGAGCAAGUUCGAACUUUUGACCGAGGAUAACCAACAGAGGGCUUGUAGGCUUGCCGCUUCCGCUUCGUUCGGUUUACUCAACUUUAGGUCAAUGGAACGAUAUGUUUCGAUGAUACCCAAGGAUAGCCAGGAAGGCUCUUUUUAUAGGGCGAUACUGGCGAUACACAAGAACCAGUACGAGAUAGCCCAGAAUUACAUAGACACGACGAGAGAUUUGCUGGACACUGAGCUGACCGCCAUGGCCGGUGAGUCCUACCAGAGGGCUUACGGCGCCAUGGUUCAAGUGCAAAUCUUAGCCGAACUGGAAGAGGUCAUGCAGUAUCGGUUGGUUCCAGAAAGAAGACCUACUUUGAGGUCCAUGUGGUGGCAGAGGCUUCAGUCGGGUCAGCGAUUACCCGAAGAUUGGCAGAAGAUUCUGCUGGUGCAGUCUUUAGUGUUAUCGCCUCAAGAAAACAUCCACGCUUGGUUGAAGUACGCAUCGCUGUGUCGUAAAAACGACUCGCUCAGGCUCUCCCAGAAGACUUUCGUCAUGCUGCUUGGGGAAGAUCCCGAAAUCAAUACGAGCUUCGUCAUUCCGCACAAUCAACCCUAUCUUGUUUACGCUUAUACGAAGCAUCUGUGGAUGGCCGAGAAACGGGAGACGGCCUAUCAGCUUCUCGUGAAUUUCGUCAAAGACUUUGUCAAAUUGAGCUUUAUGGAAGAAAUGCCCAUCAAGGAUAAACAGGACUUGUUGGCCAGAUGUUAUUUGAAGUUGGGAAAUUGGCAAGAAGCUUUGGAGGGAGUGAACAGAAACUCUAUAGCGCCAAUACUGAAAUGCUACCAGCAGGCGACUGACUUUGAUCCUUCGUGGUAUAAAGCUUGGCACGCGUGGGCCUACAUGAAUUUCGAAUCCGUUCUAUUCUACAAGAACAGACCAGAGGCCAGCGCCGAGAAGAACACGGAGAUUACGUACGCAGUGCUUGCAGUUCAAGGAUUUUUCAAAUCCAUCAAACUCUCCAGAGGCAGUUCCCUGCAGGACACUUUGAGACUGCUAACCCUGUGGUUCGAUUACGGACAUUCUUCGGAGAUCUACGAUGCUAUGGUCGAAGGCGUACGUCUGGUAGAGAAGAACACCUGGCUCCAAGUGAUCCCCCAGUUGAUAGCUAGAAUCGAUACGCCCAGACAUCUGGUCUCUAGGCUGAUUCAUCACUUGCUGAUUGAUAUCGGGAAGACGCAUCCUCAGGCCCUGGUUUAUCCGUUGACCGUCGCGACCAAGAGUAAUUCGGCGCAACGUCGAAACGCGGCCAACAAAAUAUUGAAGAGCAUGAGCGAGCACUCGCCCGUCCUGGUCAAUCAGGCCAAGACGGCGUCCGAAGAAUUGAUCAGAGUGGCCAUACUGUGGCACGAGAUGUGGCACGAGGGCCUGGAAGAAGCCUCCAGAUUGUAUUUUGGAGAAAGGAACGCAAAAGCCAUGUUAAGGAUACUGGAACCUCUGCACGCCAUCAUGGACAGGGGUCCGCAGACCCUUAAAGAAACGAGCUUCACCCAAGCCUACGGUAGAGACUUGACAGAGGCGCACAAUUGGUGCCAAAAGUACAAAUCGUCUAGCAACACCCGCGACCUGAAUCAAGCCUGGGAUCUUUAUUACCACGUGUUCCGAAGGAUCAGCAGGCAGUUACCGCAACUGACGUCGUUGGAACUGCAAUACGUCUCUCCCAAUCUCCAGGAGUUCAAGAACUUGGAAUUAGCCGUGCCCGGUAGUUACUCCCCUGGACAACCCAUCAUCAAGAUACAGUAUAUACACAGGUCAUUGGAGGUGAUCACCUCCAAACAGAGACCUAGGAAGUUGAGGAUAAGGGGGUCGGACGGCAAGGACUACAUGUUCCUGCUGAAAGGACACGAGGAUCUCAGGCAAGACGAGAGGGUGAUGCAGUUAUUCGGUCUUGUGAACACGUUGUUAUUGAAGGAUCCCGAUACCUUCAGGAGAAACCUGACCAUACAGCGUUAUGCGGUCAUACCCCUGAACACGAAUUCGGGCUUGAUCGGUUGGGUACCACACUGCGACACCUUACACACGCUGAUCAGAGAUUACAGGGACAAGAAGAAGAUCUUGCUGAAUAUAGAACACAGGAUAAUGUUGAGGAUGGCGCCGGAUUACGAUCAUCUGACCGUCAUCCAGAAAGUGGAGGUGUUCGAACACGCCUUGGAACAUACCCACGGGGACGACUUGGCCAAAUUGUUGUGGCUGAAGAGUCCCAGUUCCGAAGUGUGGUUUGACAGACGUACCAAUUACACCAGAUCUCUAGCUGUUAUGUCGAUGGUCGGUUACAUCUUAGGUUUAGGUGAUCGUCACCCUUCAAAUUUGAUGCUGGAUCGCCUGAGCGGCAAGAUCCUACACAUAGAUUUCGGAGACUGCUUCGAGGUCGCCAUGACCAGAGACAAAUUCCCCGAGAAGAUUCCCUUCAGAUUGACCAGGAUGCUGGUGAACGCCAUGGAGGUGACCCACAUAGAGGGAACGUACAGGAGGACCUGCGAGUCCGUAAUGAACGUGUUGAGGAGGAACAAGGACAGCUUGAUGGCCGUGCUUGAAGCCUUCGUGUACGACCCGUUGCUCAACUGGAGGCUGCUGGACUCGAACACCAAGUUCAAAUCGACGGAGAUCGAGUCCGUGUCGACGAGUUCGAUCCAGGACGCGGAACUGCUGGAGCCGUUGAGCAUCAGGAAGAGUCCGCCGUCUAGCGAGUUCGCGCCGGGUUCCGUGCAACCGGAGGCUCUGAACAGGAAGGCUGUCGUUAUAACGAACAGGGUGAAAGAUAAGUUGACCGGUAAAGAUUUCGGACCCGAUGAGGUGCUGACGGUGCAGAAACAGGUAGAUUUGUUGAUUAGGCAGGCUACGAGUAAUGAGAAUUUGUGUCAGUGUUACAUCGGUUGGUGUCCGUUCUGGUGAAAAGUUACUAUAGUUUGUAUUUUUGACUGUACAAUUUAUAACUAAGAUUAUUUUACGAUUAUUCGUUUUUAUUGGAAUUACAAGUUUUUCUUAAUGCAA